AUGUCUCCCGAUGAAUCAAGACAAAAUUCUGUUACGGUUUCGCAAACAUCCUCUGCAGUCUUGCCUUACAAACCUUUGGCGGAAGGCCAGAUAAGGUUGCUCAAGUUCUUGGAUGAGGACGUCUCUGACGGUCGAACUCUCCAGUUCGAGCUUUUCCACGCGAAACUGAGCCAGAGACCCGACUAUGUGGCGUUGUCGUACUCAUGGGGACAGGAUGCUGCUCACGGGAGAGUAAGCAUACUAGUGAGCGACCACAGGUAUGAAGUCUCCCAAAACCUUGCAGAUGCUCUUCGCAAGCUGAAGCGAAACAAACUUUCCACUGUCUGGGUCGAUGCCAUCUGCAUCAAUCAACGAGACACCAUCGAGAAAAGCCGAGAAAUAAUCAGAAUGUUUGCGAUUUAUAGAAUGGCAAAAAUGGUGGUCAUUUGGCUUGGUGCUGAUACCGGACCGGAGAAAGACAUGCAAAAACUUCUAAGGGCGACCGAGGGCCUUGAGAGGCCGGCCAAUAAACACCAUCAGAAUGGCAAUCUUGAUUCCCACAUGGAUGCCCUUGAACGAUUAUUGUCACAGAGAUACUGGCAUCGAGUAUGGAUCAUUCAAGAGGUAGCAGCAGCAAAAAGAGCACAGAUAUUCUGGGGUUCUUACAUCUUUGACUUGCGAUCCCUGGAAAUACUACUGCGCGAAAGAGGCCGUUGGACCGACAAAGACGGAGACCCUCCUGGACCGGCUCAGAAGGUUAUAUCUGUUCGAGCUGCCUGCCGAGCACAGCAGAAGCCACGGUUGAUGGAUAUUUUGGCCAUGACGAGCUUGUCCGAGACGAGCGUGUUAAGAGACAAAGUUUAUGGACUCCUAGGCCUUGCGUCAGAUUGGGCUGAUUUCGUGCAAGAGCCCAACUACUCGCAGGCGGUCUCGGAGGACGACCUUUGCCUAGAGAUGACGUCCAAUCACAUCAAUUGGUACAGCUCUGCAGACAUCAUAUUCCUCAGGAGUGUGGACGACCGACAGAGAGGGUUGCCUUCAUGGUGUCCUGACUACUUCCACUUUCGACCGCACCAAUUCGACAGGAAUUUGAUUCCGUACAUAUGCGGGAGAGAUGUCAAUCUGGGGUGGGAGAAGAGAAGGGCCUUUGGCCAGGAAUCCCCGAACAUGAACGAAGUUAUUCCAGACACCUUCCGCAUCAGCGGUGACAAACUCACACUGAAAGGCAGGUGUAUAGGCCGAAUCUCGGCCUUGGGCACUUUGGUGGACGAAGACAUUCCAGAGUCGAGGUUCAGCGAUCGAUUUUCUACGACAGAUAUCACGGACCCGGAUAUUGGGAAGGCAUUCCGUCGGCUGCUGCUGAUCUGCCACAAUCAGACAUUCGGUCUUCAGCCAUCCUCCGCCUUCUUCUCACUCCUCUUCUCAAUGCCGGACCAUGUCUUUCAGGACAGAGGCACCCUAGGGGUCAAACAAUGGCUCCACUGCCACGCGGACUUCCUGAACAAAUUCGGCGUGAGGAUGGUCCCCAGCUCUGACGAAUACGCAUUCAUCCCUCGCCGUCGUGGAGGUGGCCUGAGCCCGUCAUCGAAGGUCCUGCCGGAGUGGAGAGAAUUCUUCAGCUUGAGCGAGGACAAUACGAUCAGUCGGAGGGGCGAGCACCCUCUGUAUUCAAUGCUGCAGUCCGUCUCGUCUAUCCUCGACGAACACCUGCGUCUGAUGUUCAUCCAGGACCAGGCUCUUCUGGGAUGGGCACACAGAGACUCCCAGCCAGACGACUCCGUCUGGCAUUUGGAGGGCUGUACGCUCCAGGCCAUACUCCGCAAGUCAGCUGAGCUCUCCCAGCAACACGGCGAAGAUAUCUACAAACUUGUGGGGCACGCCUAUGUUGAUCCUGUCUUGGCCAGUGGUCGUUGGAUGGCUGGGGAGACGAGGAGCAGGCUUGUAAAUCUGUGCUGA